AUGCUGUACAUGUUCCUUUGCGUCAUAUGUGCAGCCUUGCUUGCACUUAUAGACUACAAUGUCAGUGCAGAGGGUGGCUUCAGUAACGCAAUGAGAAGUUUACAGUACGUAUAUCAUAUAAUACUCGACCCAUUAGUAACGCUGCAAUUUAUUGUACUCGUGUUGGAAGUAUGGGCUGGAUUCAAAGCACUGAACAGUGGCAUUCUUCAGACAGUAUCGUCAGAAAUCGACCCGUGUGUGGUGAGUACACUGCUCGAUCUUUCGGACUCGCCACCUGUUACAUCAAGCAAUUUACACGACCUGCAACAGGCAUACCUUUUAUUACACCGCGCUGCGGAAGUUCUGCAGAAUCACUUCGGAAUGACGGUAGCUCUGGACCUUACUUUAUCAAUUUCUGGGGUCAUCUGCAGCUCGUACGAGAUAGCCACGAUUGUCAGCCGCGAGAAAGAGGUGGGCGGCUUCUUGUACGAAGGGGUGACACGCGCGUCGCUGCUGUGGCUGGUGCUGCACGCGUGGAAGUUGGCGGCACUGACGCUGACCUGCUCGGCGGUUUCCGCAGAGGCGGCGGCCACGCGGCUGCUGCUGCAGAGGGCGGUCUGCCUCCACAGCAGACCGGGUCCCCAGCUGGGGGCGCUGCUGCGGUUGGUUGCACUCGGUCCACAGCUGUGCAUCACCGCCGCCGGGUUCGUCACCGUCGACCGCAGCUUGCUGGUGUCCGCCCUGGCUGUGGCAGUCACGUACCUGGUCCUACUGACUCAGUUCAGUGGGAACUACUAA